AUGAACUUCGACGGACUGCCUGUUGAACUCGUCGUUUCGGUUCUCGAAGAACUUGACCUCGGCUCGCUUGUGAUUGUGUCCUGUCUUUCUCGCCGGCUUCGCGAGAUCAUAUCCGACCCCUUUCUCAACCCGUGGCGUCAACCCAUCGCUCGCAUACUGUUGGACGGCACUUGCGCUGACGAACCCCUACUGCGACACAUCACGGAGCGCUCGACAGUGCCACGACAAAAUGCCGUGGACAUACUGACGCUGGCGCCGCCUGCCUUUAUCCUUUUCGAUUUCACGAUCCCGAACCUGAAGCAGGAUGACUGGGAGAUGAUCUUCAGAAAGCGCUUCCUGCCGGGGUGGGUCAAAUGGAAACGUGACCUCAGUUGGAGGGAGGCUUACAAACGAGUUCUCAUGCGUGUGUGGCACCGCAGUCAGACAUCUUGCACCGCGGAGGAAGCUUGGACAAAGUUCGUGGUGCUCAACAAGAACGGGACCGCAAAUGAGCUGGACGUAUCAUCGCGUAACUUUAAUCCUGCGAACAUCUUUCAUGAUAUGAAAGUAAACUCUAACUUGGCCCAUCUUGAAACACGUAUACGACUUGUCGUUGAGUUUGCGGACGUUCGCAUCUUGGCCUUCGGUGUGUUGAACAGACCACGCGGAAGGUAUACCAUCAACGAUAACGCCCGUAUAUUCCUACACCCUCCUGGGAUCGAGCGCGAAGGUCUUUUAACAUCCGGCGAAGAGACGUUAGGAGAAUUGUUAAUUGGCAGUCCCAUGUCGCGUUUCUCUAUAGGCUCAUCAACGUCUGAUGACUUCCCACCCGAUUCUUCGUCCCGUAGACCACCGCAUGGUUUCACCUAUGAGCGACUCAUACAGCCGUUACCCACACCAGCUUUCGCGGAGUACCCGUUCUACACACCCGACAGUCAUGACAAACGCUGGCUUGGCUCGAGUACGCUCGAGGAAAACGCGCGGUACUGGGUGGGCCCGAUGAUGCUGGUAGCGCAAAUUACCGGCUCUCAGACUAAUGUUCACAGCGGGCCUAGUCUAAACUACCAGGACGCGGAUCUUAUCAAUGGGCCGGGACGUAGUCAAUACGCUUCGUUCACCUUCGCUGACCUUGACGCGCUUGCACCAUGGAUGAAAGAAGACUAUAUUCGCCAGCGUGUCUUCGGCCAGGGCCUCGGGCAUUGA